UAUGGUCUUGGUCUCUUGCUGCAGAGUCCAGAUGAUGAUGUCAUAGAUUGUGUUCUAUCUCAUCUUCAACCUGCUUUUGAUCACCCUGAGCUUAGAGGACAGGAACCAUUGGAUCCACCGGCGAGGCCAAAAGGUCAUAACUCUACUGAAGCUGUCUCUGAAAGCUUCCAGCUGUGGACAGACUCAGGUGAAUUUUGCCCAGAAGGAACUGUUCCAAUCAGAAGAACUGCAGAGAAAGACAUUUUAAGAGCAAGUUCCGUUAAAAGAUAUGGAAGAAGAAGACAUGUACGGAGAGACUCAACAGGCAGCGGCCACGAGCAUGCAGUUUUGUUUGUGAAUGGAGAUCAGUAUUAUGGAGCAAAGGCAAGCUUAAACGUGUGGGCGCCUAGUGUGACUAAUGAAUACGAGUUUAGCUUGUCACAGAUCUGGGUCAUCUCUGGUUCUUUUGGCAAUGAUCUGAAUACCAUUGAAGCUGGUUGGCAGGUUAGCCCUGAACUAUAUGGAGAUAAUUACCCUAGGUUCUUCACAUACUGGACAACUGACGCAUACCAAGCCACAGGAUGCUACAACUUGCUUUGCUCUGGCUUUGUCCAAACCAACAACAAGAUUGCUAUUGGAGCAGCAAUCUCUCCAAGGUCCUCCUAUAAUGGCAGACAGUUUGAUAUUGGCUUAAUGGUUUGGAAGGAUCCAAAACAUGGACAUUGGUGGUUAGAAUUUGGAUCAGGAUUACUGGUUGGAUACUGGCCUGCAUUUCUGUUCAGUCACUUGAGAAGCCAUGCGAACAUGAUACAAUUUGGAGGAGAAAUUGUGAACACUGAAUCGUCUGGAUUUCACACAUCAACACAAAUGGGCAGUGGCCAUUUUGCUGAAGAAGGCUUCGGAAAAGCAGCUUAUUUCCGGAACUUGCAAACUGUUGAUUGGGAUAAUAAUUUGCUGCCUCUAACAAACCUUCGCCUAUUGGCUGAUAAUUCAAAUUGUUAUGACAUCAGACAAGGAAGAAACAAUGUUUGGGGAACUUACUUUUACUAUGGAGGCCCUGGAAGGAAUGUAAAGUGCCCUUGAGUGAAACAGCAUAUAGGAUAGAGGGAUGAAUUUUCAUUUUCUUUUACCACCGAACCCCAAAAUUUCUUUUUGGGUAUUUAGUUUUCAUCCUGGGCCUUAACAUGGUUUGGGUUAUUUUUAGAAUUUUUUUUCUAUCAAUUAAUGUAUAUUUUUCUUCUUCUGAUAGGUUGAUUUUCCCUCCCUGGGACUAUUAUUGGUAGGUUUUGGGGAAAAU